UCAAAAAUGGCGGCAGCAGGAGCUUCCUCAAGGGUUCUCAUUUAUGGCGGAAAAGGUGCACUUGGAGCCUCUUGUGUGACUUACUUUAAGGCCAAAAACUGGUGGGUCACCUCAAUAGACUUGUUUCCCAAUGAAGAGGCCCACGCCAAUGUCAUUGUGGAUAGUUCAAAGUCUUGGGUGGAACAAGAUCAGGAGGUCCAAAAAAGAGUCGAGGAGGUUUUAGAUGGUAACACUUUAGACGCUAUAGUGUGUGUUGCAGGUGGCUGGGCAGGAGGGAAUGCUAAAAGCAAAGCUGUAGUAAAAAAUGCUGAUUUGAUGUUCAAGCAGAGUGUUUGGACUUCACUCAUUUCUGCAAGCAUCGCUGCGAAACAUUUGAAGAAUGGAGGCCUACUGUCCUUGACUGGUGCUCAACCAUCACUUGGGGGAACUGCAGGAAUGAUGGGAUAUGGCAUGGCUAAGGCUGCUGUCCAUCAGUUGGUGAAGGGACUAGGAAUGGAAGGGAGUGGUCUCCCACCUGAUUCUACUGCUCUGGCCAUUCUGCCGAUGACUCUAGAYACUCCAAUGAAUAGAAAAAACAUGGCCAAUGCAGACUUUAACCAGUGGACACCUUUAGAAUAUGUGGCAGAGCUUUUGUUUGAAUGGUCCGAGGGAAAGAACAAACCAGCAACUGGAAGUCUAGUAAAGCUAAACACGAAAGAUGGCAAGUCCUCGUGGGAAGUGUAUACAGGCUGUUUGAUCUGAGAUGUUUGAACUUCAUAAAACCCUUCGCCUUUAGAAUAGUAUUUAUAGUAAAGAAUGAUUAGUCUAUAUAUGCUUUCAUUCUUUUUGGCUUAGUGUUUUUUAACUCAUUGUUGCCAGAUAAAAAUAAAGUAUAUAACUGUUAAUUUCAUAA